GAGUCAGAGUGGUGGACACGGACCUGGGGGUGGCAAAAAAGAUGAUAAGGAUAAAAAGAAGAAAUAUGAGCCACCCAUUCCCACCAGGGUAGGAAAGAAGAAAAAGAAGACUAAGGGACCUGAUGCCGCAAGCAAAUUACCUUUAGUCACUCCCCACACUCAGUGUAGGCUGAAGCUCUUGAAACAGGAGAGAAUCAAAGAUUACCUGCUAAUGGAAGAGGAGUUCAUCCGUAACCAGGAGCAGAUGAAGCCUCUGGAGGAGAAGCAGGAGGAAGAGAGGUCAAAGGUCGACGACCUGAGGGGAACUCCCAUGUCUGUUGGAACCUUGGAGGAGAUCAUUGAUGACAACCAUGCCAUUGUGUCUACCUCUGUGGGCUCAGAGCAUUAUGUCAGCAUCCUGUCCUUUGUGGACAAAGACCUGCUGGAGCCUGGGUGUUCUGUGUUAUUGAACCACAAGGUUCACGCAGUCAUCGGGGUACUGAUGGAUGACACUGAUCCGCUGGUGACUGUGAUGAAGGUGGAGAAGGCUCCACAGGAAACCUACGCUGACAUCGGAGGACUGGACAGCCAGAUCCAGGAGAUUAAGGAGUCUGUAGAACUGCCCCUCACACAUCCAGAGUAUUAUGAAGAGAUGGGAAUCAAGCCACCGAAAGGAGUUAUUCUCUACGGGCCUCCUGGUACAGGCAAGACCCUUCUAGCCAAAGCUGUGGCCAACCAGACAUCUGCCACGUUCCUGCGUGUGGUCGGCUCUGAACUCAUUCAGAAAUAUUUGGGAGAUGGACCCAAACUGGUUCGCGAGCUUUUCAGAGUCGCCGAGGAGCACGCUCCUUCCAUCGUCUUCAUCGACGAGAUCGACGCCAUCGGGACGAAGAGAUACGACUCAAAUUCGGGAGGGGAGCGUGAGAUUCAGAGGACCAUGCUGGAGCUCCUUAAUCAGCUAGAUGGCUUUGACUCACGGGGUGAUGUGAAGGUUAUUAUGGCCACCAAUAGGAUAGAGACUUUGGACCCUGCACUCAUCAGACCGGGCCGAAUCGAUCGUAAGAUUGAGUUCCCCCUGCCGGAUGAGAAAACCAAGAAGAGGAUCUUUCAGAUCCACACCAGUAGAAUGACCUUGGCAGAUGACGUGACUCUCGACGAUCUCAUUCUGGCUAAAGACGACCUGUCGGGCGCUGACAUCAAGGCCAUCUGUACAGAGGCCGGACUGAUGGCCCUCAGGGAACGGCGAAUGAAAGUCACCAACGAGGACUUUAAGAAGUCCAAAGAGAAUGUUCUCUACAAAAAACAGGAGGGCACCCCAGAAGGCCUUUAUCUCUAAAAUCUCGUUACUUUUUUUUGUCUUCUCUCGGUCCCCGUUCUCUGUGUGAAUGCACGAGGAGAUUUAUAACGUCUCCUCCGAGUAAAUGUUUUGAUAUAUAUUUUGCCUGUUGAGUCUCGCGUCCCGAAUUUUUUUUUUUUUUUGCCUCUGUGUAGCCCGAUAAGAUAAUAAAAAGUUGGAUUCAAAAACA